AUUUCGAUUGUAAUUGAGAGGUUUUACAAAGUUUUAACAGUGUAAACAAAUAGCUUCCACCACAAUGUCUGUCUGUCUGUCUUCUCUAAGAAGGAAACUAGUUGUGCAACUUUGUUUGCCUUCUCAAACAUUGGAGGGACCUGCCUUAACAGACACACACUGUACACACACUUAACAAGCUCUCAUCCACAGUUAUGCACACUCUAAAACACACACACACUACUGCAGGUACCUCCCAUCAUCUUGUCAAACAGAAAACACACACAGCACUUAGUUUCCAGCUGCACAGGAGAGAAGAGAGCAGGCAAGAGGAGAGAGGAGACAUCAUGUAGAGGGUCAGACAGGUGAGAGCAGGUCAGCAGGUGUGUGAGGUAUCAUCAUGUCCAUCACUGUGAAUCUGAGAAGGAUCUCCAACCUGCCGGGACGAUACGACAGGAAGGUCGAACUCUGCUUCAGAGGUUAGUACCUCACACUCACACUCACACACCUGUAUCUACACCAAGAAACAGCCUGAGAACAUCAGCUCUAAACCUUCAGCCUUUGGUUGAAAUAACACAGAUGAUUUCACUGUCUACAUGAGAUUAUUCUGUUUUCCCACUUAAAUAUAGUGAUUAUUGUACACAAAGGUUAGCUGCUGCAAAAUAAAGUUUAUUUUAUGAACGAAAUAUACCACACUUUAAAAAUUCUCUGUAGUAAACAGCCUUUACUGUGAAAGUUGAACUGUAUUGACCUGAAUAGAAGAAGACUUUGAUUCUUACCCAAAAACACCUGCAAAACUAUUUUUUUAAAUGAUCUUUGAGACUGAAGUUUUACAUCUAGAUUGAAAAGAUUUAGUCACAUGUGUAAAUGUAGCAUUGAUGGCACAAAUGUUUACCAUUGAUACUGUAAAAUUGAAAUAACCUCUAGUUUAUAACUUCUUAUCUGGCCGUAAUAAAGCAGAAGUAGCAGAAAUGUGUUGGAGUGUGCUAAAGUGUAAAAAAAACUUUGUUUUUUUAGCACUCAAGUUGAUAGUUUCCCUUCAUUAUUUGUUGUUGAGCUCAUUUAAAGCUCUCCACAUCCUUCUGUAAAGUUUAAUCUCAGUAACUGAUCAUUCUUUAUCAACACAAGAUGAAUUUUCCAGAAGGGAUUAUCUUCUUUCCAUGAAAAGUAAACAGUAACUCCACCUGUUAGAGAGAUAUAAAAACAGAUAAUAAAAAGCUCUUUAAAACACUAGUGAGUGGAUAAAGGUGGUGUUUUUUCUCUUAUCUUUAAAACUGGAGUAAUGUUGAUUCUCUUGAUUGUUGUGACUCUGAUGUUUGGAUGAAUGAAACAGAAACAUGUUUUAUUGUCACUCUGCUGGAGCUCGAUAUCAAGACAAAGAUAUAAUUCAAAGACUUUAGAUGAACUUUUUGGAGAAGAUUUGAACAGAUAGGUAGUGGUACAAAGUUACUUUAGAUACCUGACUGUACUCAAAGACAGCCUUAAGUUAGCUUUAUACCACAAAAGAGAUGAAGAUCUCCACAUUUUAUACUUUUUCAUAAUAAUUUCGAGCUUUGGUUGGGUUAUCUUUACCAACUUUUAAAACUGUUUCAGUAUAAAAUCUUUUUCUGUCCUUCAGGUUUCACUCAUAAAACCAGAGUCCUGAAGUGUGAGAAUGUGGCCAUCUUUAACGAGGUCAGUGCACCAGACUUACACUUGAUUUCUUAAAUAAAUAAUAUUUGUAAUUUACUGUUUGUUAUUUGUGGCCAUUAUUAUUGAUAGGUGGUUAUCUAUUUACGUGUCAUAACUAAUUUUCUGUAUUUAUUAAUUAUGUUGUGUCCUCGUUGUGUUACCUUGUACCAUCCUCCAGGGUGUCAUACUUUAUCCUUAUUGUAUUGUGAAGUAUCUUGUUGCCUUUAAUUGUUCUGCGUUUUUGUAUUGUAUUAUUUGGUAAGACCAUGAAACACCUCAUACCAAAGCUUACUAGUGUCAUAUUGUAUAGUACAGUCCCAUCAAGUUAAAUUUUGUUAGGUGUCAUCUAUUCUGACCAAUCAGAGCACAUAUAUAGGUGAUGAUGUCAUCAAUUAUCAGAGGAUGCUUUAACAGAGUUGACUGAAAUCCCAAACUCCUCUCCUUUAACAGUGUGAAAAAACCUGUGUGUGUGUGUGUGUGUGUGUGUGUGUGUGUGUGUGUGUGUGUGUGUGUGUGUGUGUGUUACAGCAGGUAGCUGUUUGUCUGCUUCAGAUUGAGAGUAUUUUAAUAGAGCUGAUAGGACACUGUACCACUCCUACAGUAAACUCACAGACACACACACACACAGCCGCUCCUUUAACACACUUGAACCUCCAGCUGAUGUGAUUCUGUUUAUUCUGUGAAACUCUACAGGGACUAUCAGGACUCCUCCAUAGAAAGCUGUACACAUACAAAGAACGUGACUCCUGUUUGAAGGCUACUUAAUACUGACAAAAAUAAAGAAGAAGUGCAAAUGUAAUGUUGUUAUCUCAUCGGCAUGCCUGUUAAUAUUUAGGUUGAUGGUUUGAGAAAAUACACCCGUGCAUAUUUAGUGUUUACUGAGUUAUAUGGUUUACAUAUUUACAGUAGGGGCCAUUUUGUUAGCUGGAAUAAGACAAAAAUAAACGAUAGAUCAUAAGAGGAUGAAUGGACUAAAACGUGGAGGUACUUGUGUGUUUAAUGUUGUUAGUCUGGGUCAGUGCCAUCAUUAGUUCUUGGCACUCUGUCACUAAGUGUUCAUGGGUGACGGCCUGAGAAAACAAACGGUUCCUGAGUUGAACCGGUCUGUUUCCUGACUGUCGCGGGUCAUUAAUCUAAAUAAAGAGAAGGCUGGCCCUACAGGUCUGUAAGAUGAGUUCGAUCCCGUUCUGAAAAAAUAGAAUAGUCUUAUAUACAGGGUUUUCCUAAAUAUCGAGACAUGUUACAACAAAAAGCCCUGUCUUGACUCACCAUUACAGGGUGAUGGAUGAUGGAGCGACAAGGAGAACAAAGAUGCUCCAAAAGUAGGAUAUGUAAGCUGACGGCAGUAAACAUUUGAACACAAUCUUAGCCAACAACAAAAACACAUCUGUUAACGACAACUAAUACUAAACAUGCAGAUACUUCGGAAUAAACACAAUUUCAAUCAGCAAAUAUUAAUAUGUCAUCAAGCAAAGACAGUUAAAAUAUCAUACUUGCUAAAAGCUCAUGUCAACAGUAUGUUAUGGGCAUGUUAGCAUACUAAUUAAUAGCAUUUAAAACGCUGUUGUAACAACUGUGAGCACAAGUCUCCACCUGCUUCACCACAUGCUGCAGACAGGCCUCAUGAACCUCCGUUUGACAUGUUUCCUGUGACGCUACUGAGUCAGGCUGCUGUUUGCUCUUCAGGUGUGACCAGGUGUGUGUGUGUGUGUGUGUGUGCAUGAACCCGUAGCACACACUGAUAAAUGUCUGUUGUACAAAAUUUGGGUGCGAGCCAGAAAGAAGUCUUUGUUUUUAUAGUUUCAGUUGGUCUGAUAUUAAAGGGACAGUUCAGGUUUUUAUGAAAGAGAAAAUAACUCUGGGGUGUUUGUGUGUGUGUGUGUGUGCAGCAUUUUAGAUGGCCUCACUACGGUAAAGUGAUCAGAGAGGAAGUUUUGUCCGUCAGUGUUUAUAACUGCAGCAAAGUUUUCUCCAACAGGUAACACACACACACACACACACACACACACACACACACACACACGUCUCUAUAUUGUUUUCAUGUGACAGUUUCUCCUCAUAACAAAUGUGUGUUUGUCUGUAGAUUACUGGGUAAACUGGUCGUCAGUCUCCAGCAUGUUGUUAACACAGGGAGGCUGUUGCUACGGGAACCGCUCACCGAUGCAAACUACAGCCUGACUGAUGUAAGGACACACACGGAGACAAACACACACUUCCACAAUGUUUUAUUUGAGAUUACCCAUGAACGCUGACGUCAUCUUCUCCCUCAUAGAUCUAUAUAGAGUUGGAUAUUCGGUAUCAUCCUCUUGAAGGAACAGCAGGGAGCUGGGAGGGACUGGAUUUCCUGAAAGUUGAAGACAAGGAUGAGUAAGAGUAUUUCUAGAAACAUCUUUCACACUGAACUCCAAAACUAAAAAGUCUGCUGCUUAGAUUUUAUUUCAAGACAGUAAAACCAGACGAUUAUUUCACACUUGGGAUUUUAAGAAGACUGAUUUUAUUUAUAGAGAUUUUUCAAAAAAUCAAAAACAUGAAGAAAUUUCUUUAAGUCAAUUUCAGAAUUAUUUUAUGGAGACAGCCAGAGCAGCAGAGGGACCUCUGACCAGUCUGAACUGUUAAGUUUAUUUCUUUAUCCUUGUCCUCCAUCCUCAGGUCGGCCCUGGUCAUCAAGAACGAGGGAUAUGAUGAACCUGAUAGGUGAGACGUUGCAUAAUCCACAAUAAUCUCAGAUACUCACACAGAUCUAUGUAUGAGAGGUUAACGCUGACAAAACAUGUUCGAACUGUGACAACUAAUGCAGCAGAAAAAAAGGGCAGCGUCGCGACAGGCGGAUAAGUCUGUUGUUUUGUCACAGAUAAUUUGUGUUGAUUUUUGUCUUUGAUACUAACCUUUAAAUGUAAAAUAGUCGCACACUGUCCAGAGAUGGGAAGACUCACACACAACAUUAUUAUUGUCUGUGAACUUAACCUGCUCUUUGGAGAGAGAAUAAAACACUAGACCAUCUAGAAUCAUCUUUCUCCUCUUCCCCUCAGUCAGCUAUCUUUUGUUCGGCCGGGUCAGCUGGAGAGAGAGGUUCGCCGUCUGGGCCGAAGUCUGGUCCGGUCUUCAUCGGGGGAUGAGGAUGAAGACGAGGAUGACGAAGAUGAUGAAGACGAUGACAUGAUGGACCUGGAGGCUGCCAAUAUCAUCUUCACUCCACUGCUCAGGUCUGAUCGCCUGACUUAUGUGUCUCAGUCAGUCAGGCUGUUCACCAGUUCUCACAGCUCAUCUGUGUGUGUGUGUGUGUGUGUGUGUGUGUGUGUGUGUGUGUGUGUGUGUGUGUGUGUGUGUGUGUGUGUGUGUGUAGUCGUUCCAGGCCGGUGUCCAGGAAUGUUACAGUUGCAACGCCCAGAGUGAAGAGCUUCCAGGUGAGUUCAUCCGUCUCACUAUUGUUGACCCGUUCACAUCACCGUAGCAGCAGGCUAAACAAAUCUGCACCUGAGAGAGAACGGGUUUGUAGUCACUCCUUUCAGCCUGUCCAGUAUGUGUGAAACAUACUUAUUCUUAUGCACAGAUUUUAAACUGUGUGCACAGAUUCACACAUGUGUAUUUUUCUACGUCUGGCACCCGGGGGCCUGUGUUGGUCUGUAUCUGUUGCUGUAGCUUCACAAAGUUCUACACUUAUGUAGCCUUCAACUUCAACUCCAUACAUGAGUUUUACUGUGCAACUAUGACACCUAGACAAGCUGAAAAGCAUGCAACAGCAAAACUAAAGCUAUGUUUACAAAACUAUGAUGCCAAGUUUAACUUUUUUAAUUAAAUUUCAUUUUACAAGCUUCACUUUCGCAGUUUUUGAAGAGUUGUUGCAGGUAAAGAAACUCAAAACAUGCAGACAAGAAGGACAAACUCACAAGAAUGUGGACAUUUGUGAGAUUUAAGAGGUUUUUGUUCUUCUGCUGCUGAAGUACAUCCCUCAUUGCUUCUUACAGGCACUUCUCAUUAAUAAUAAUAAUAAUAAUACAUUUUAUUUAAAAGCGCAUUUCUGAGCACCCAAGGACACUUUACAGGGCAUAAAAACACAGCUAGAAACUAAUUAAAAAAUAAAAAAAAUAAAAAAAUAAAAAUCAUUCAGAGGUGUUGGUUGGUGCUGUUCAGUUACAUUUACAACAUUGUUUGUGUGCACAGGUGAAUGUAAACAUCCUGGAGGCUCAGAAGCUGGUGGGCGUAAACAUCAACCCUGCAGUUUACAUCAAAGUGGGGAAGCAGAAGAAACACACAGUGACACAGAAAUCCACCAACUGCCCUUUUUACAAUGAGGUAAAGCAGAGAGUGGAAAUAUCCUCCAGAACAGAACGGAUCAGUACCGUCGAAUCUCUGUUUGACCCUGUUCUGUGUUUCAGAACUUCCAGUUUGAGUUUCAGGAAGACCCACAGAUCCUCUUCGAUAGAGUCAUAGAGAUAAAGGUCUGCACUACGUUAUUUUCCCCCACAUCUGUUGCCUUGGCGACGAACCCAAAGUGAACACCUGUGAUGUUCUCUCCCCUCAGGUGUUCCACAGACGAACUCUGGCCUUCCUCAUGACCCACAUCGGAACCUUUAAGAUCGACAUCUCCACUGUGUACAACCAGCCAGGUACCGGUGCGGCUCAAAUACACCGACUAAGAUGCUUUCUCUUUCUCUGACCUUUGACCUUUGACCUUUGACCUGUCUGUGUCUCUAGACCAUCGAUUCUACCAGAAGUGGGCUCCUCUCGUAGACCCGGCAGAAACCAGGUCUGGGAUCAAAGGUUACGUCAAGGCUACCCUCAAUGUUCUGAUGAAGGGGGAUGCUCUGGGCAUGCCCAGUCUGCCUCCUGCCUCCUCGUCUGGUGCCAGUGAGGACAUAGAAAAGUCCGUUUGAAACACUUGAAUCUUUAUCUCAUGAAUCAUGAUUAUUGGAGCGAUCAUAUGAAAUACGUUUAAGGUUCAAGGUUCAAGGUUCAAGGUUCAAGGUUCAAGGUUCAAGGUUCAAGGUUCAAGGUUCGGAUGUUUCCACCUGCAGGAAUCUGCUGCUUCCUCGUGGCAUUCCUUCUGAGCGUCCCUGGGCUCGAUUCAGGAUACGGAUUUACAGAGCCGAGGGUCUACCUACCAUGGAUGCCGGGCUCAUGGCCAAAGUGUCAAAGGUCACUGACAGAACAGUCUUCAUUGAUCCCUACGUCCGAGUGACCUUUGCAGGACAACAGGUAUCUGCUCCAACCUGCUUUGUUGCCGUCUUUGGUUUUCAUCCCUCAGAGUGACCCGAGGAUCUAACAUCAUUUAUGUGUUUGUGCUCUUGUGUGUGUGACUUUGUGUUCGUGUGCAGGGUGAGACACUGGUCGCUAGCGCCACCAGCUGUCCAGUCUGGAAUGAGGAGAUCUCCUUCAUUGAGCAGUUUCCUCCCAUGGCUCAGCGAAUCAGAAUCCAGAUCCUCGAUGAUGCAAAGAUGGGAGACAUCGCCCUGGCAACGCACUACCUGGACCUGCAGCAGAUCUCGGACCCCACGAGGAACGGUGAGACCCUCUUUUGAUUCAUUAAAAUCUUUUAUUCUUAUCUAGUUCUGUUUACCAGUCUGAGAAUGAAAAAGGAAACUGUCUUCAUGUAAGACAGGCGUGUAUUUUCCUGCUGACCGACUUAUUUUGAAAAAUGAAAACUUCCUUUCAUCUGUUUGAGAAUUAAGGUAAAGGGAAGCAACUGUCUGUUUGCAGGGUUCAACCCGACCUUUGGUCCAUGUUGGGUCAACCUGUACGGGUCCCCUCAGAACUCCACCCUCGGAGAUGUCCACCAGGUAAAUACUCUCAUUUUCUGGUGGAGUCGCCAACAUUUAUCUCAUUAAGCUGAAAAAAGAGAUCAAAUCAUGAAUUAGAUGAAGAGUAUGUUAUUUGAAUUUAGACAUUUUGACCUCCAAAUGACCUUUUGGUGGUAAAAUUAAUCUACUCUUAUUUUUUUGCAUGAUCCAGUCACAGUACAGGGAGGCCUGCCCUUUAGUACCACCUUCAAACCCCGUCUGUGUCAGCAGAAUUAAACAUGGCGGAGUAUAAUAACAGCUCUGACCUGACUGUCUUUUCUUCAGGCUUUGAAUCAGGGUCUCGGUGAAGGAAUCUUCUACCGCGGUCGAAUCCUCCUCGCUCUCUGCGUGGAGGUUUACGUCUCCCCGUCCGCCGUCGUCACAGAUGCUGCGUCGGCUGCUCUGGGAAAGGUACCGCCUCCUUUCAGUUUCCUCAGAGAGCAGAAUAAACUGUUGAAGCAUCACAGAGAAGCUCCACAGAGCCUUUACACAACAAGCUGGUUCAUCUUUCUGAGUGUUUCUAAAGGAGUCAACAUGAUUUUACUUCAGUCACAAAAAAACAUUGAAUGGAAUUUUAUCUUUAUUUGCUGCUCAGCCUCUUUGACUUCUCCUCCUUUAGUCUCAUUUGACCUCACUGACUGUUUGUGUCUCUGAAGAUGAAGGGAGCUCUGGGGAAAUUUGGACUGAGGAAGAAGAGGGGCAGCAAGAAGGAGAGGAAAGACGGUGAGUCCUCCAAAGAUGUAAUGUGAUGUCUUUGGAUUUUGGACCCGCACCCAGGUGGACACUCCAGGAACUGAUAGGUUUCAUUUUCUCAAACUCAGGAGGCUGCCAUUUAAACUGGAUCCUUGAUUCACACGCUGCAGUUUUGUUUUUUUAUAAUAAUUGAGGAAAGUUGGCGAGGCAGCCAGGAGAGCAAAUGUCUAACAAUUUCAGAGCUAUCUUUUUUGAACCCAGGUUUGAACAGAAAAAGGUUAUUUCCCAUUGUUUCAGCUCAAAUGUAUUCUGAGGAGUAAAACUUCUCUGAGGCCUCUUGGUUUGAGAUAUUCACCUGUUUUCUUGCAGGAUCUGAUGCUGGCGGUGGAAUGGCUGAGGAUUCAGGCGAGGCAGGAGUCGAGGUACCAGAGGCGGUUACAGUUGAGAUUGAGGAGAUCCAUCCACUACCUGAGGUUUGUACCGGGUCAUAAACAGUUGUAGACUAGGUCUGUUUUUGGAUUCAGAUGAUGUUAAAGUCCAACAUGGAUAGACGGACAUGUGGGCAUCUGCAAAUAAUGUAAAAAUGACAGCAGAGUAAAGCUCUGAAAAACUCUGGACAAAUAAUUCUCUUAUGCAGACGCUGGUGUUGGACUCUUAAAAUGAGCCGAAUCACUUGGUUAAAUCGGUCCAAUCAGCAGCAGCGAUCGACCUUCAUGUCAGCUCUCUGUCGUGCUUCUGAACUAAAGGACCAAGCCGACCACAAUAUGACUGUUUGUGUUUUUGUGUUCAGGGUUUUCUGGGAGAGAGGGAGGAGUUUCUGCUGUUUGCGUCUCUCUUUGAAAUCACCAUGAUGGACCCGUCCAUCGGAAACAGACCCGUGACCUUUGAACUCUCCAUAGGUAAGCAGUCGACUCUAUGUCCCUAGUAUGAGGAUUGUUGGUUUACAGAUGCAUCUAAAAAUGAUUUGGUCUUUGAGACGUUCGAGCAAACGUCUCUUUACAAAAAAACCUCCUUAUGAGCUGUUUUCUGUUUUGCAGGGAAUUAUGGGAAAGUGGUGAGGGUUGCGAAACCCAAGAAGAGCCAGAGUAAGGAGGAGCUAAGGCAAAGUAAAGAGGAGCUGAGGAUGAGUAAGCAGGAGCUGAGGCAGAGUAAGGAGGAGCUGAGGGGGAGCAGGGAAACUCUGAACGAGGAGGCCAAGGGUCUGCUGGAGUCCGAGGAGGAGCUCGACAAAGAGGAGCUGCAGAAUCCAGAACCUGAAAACAGAUCCUUGUCUGCUGCUUUCAGAACCGAGCCCACCGAGUAUGACAGGUGAUGAACCGUUUCACCCACAAUGAAGACUUCUACACCAUCCAGACGACAGUCAGCCGAAAAUCAUCCUCGUGUCACUUUCUCCAAGUACAUCUCCAGGUCACCAUGGUGAUGAUGAGAUGUUGAUUCCUGGAGGACCUUCCCUGAACAAACACAGUUUCAGUGUCUUUGUCUUACUGUGUCUGUCUCUCAGGUCUUUCCAGUGUAUCCCUCUCCAGCCGCCCUCUGCUAAACCCAAACCCUGUCUGUUUGUCUGGAGUCAGUUUGAAGAUCACAGCUUCCGUCUCUAUCAGGCGAACUUACUCAGCAAAAUGGCCGACCGAUUGGUGAGGAUCAUGUGAUUUUAUCCCACUGAGCAUGUUUUGGUUUCAAAGAGGUCUAAUAGACGUCUACAUGUAGCCUAGACGACUGGUCUAAGAUUAGGCUACCACAGGUCUAAAUAUGAUAGUUUUUUUAAGACGUCUAAAUUUAGACCAAGUUUAGACCAAGUCUUAAUCUGGGUUAUAUCUAUACUACACUGUAUAUUGCUCAAUGGCUGUCAUAAUUAUUUUAGAUAAGUGCUUAGAGAUCAGUUUUUCAACUCACACUUUUUGAAAUGAAUAGUAAUCAAAUAAUGGGUUAAAGUGCAACAUCUAAAUUCUGUCUAAAAAUAUACGGAAUCUCCAUUUUGUCCAAUAGCCGUCUAUUGCUCAGUGAGAUGUUCCAUUUAUUGAGAACUACAUCUAUAAAGAAAGUAACAUGCCAGGGUUUGUAUUCACGUGAUCAUGAUGUGAUUUGAGAUCCCUUCGUUCGCUCUGAUUGGAGUAACUUAAGAUGGAAGUGGCUGCAGAGAAACAGGGUCUCAGGGUGGACUCGUGGCUUCACCUGCAUGCAGAACUCUGUUGAUGCAGCUGGAAUACUCCCACAUUAGUCGUGGUCACAUCUGUCUUCUGUUUGUCUUGUAGGAAAUCGGUCUUGAUGAGGUCGAACGCCUCCUAAGGAGACCGAGGAGUAAUGUCAAGGAGCGGCUGUUGGAGGUGUUGCUGGAGUUGGUGGCCUCCUGCAAGUCAGUCCCUUCUUUAGAUUUAAGAAGAACAGAUGUAAUCCAGCGUCAGUUAUUUGUUCUUCACCCAGUUUCCUCUUUUCUCUCGUCUUUUUUUCUGUCUCUCUGCAGACAGUUCAGCGGUUUCACCGACAGGAGGUCUCAGUCUCGUCCCAACAACCUGGACAGAUGCAGACGAGAUUUCAUCAAGAAGAAUUUAGUGAGUGUGUUCUCCCUUUUCCUUUUACUUACAGGUCUGUGUGUUAACCUGUUACUCUCUUAUCUGUAAACAACCUUUCUGACCGAUCGUCUCCAGGUGCUGCUGGCCAGGCAGGCGGUGAGAGCCAGGCGGAGGAUCACCAGGCGCAACGCCAAACAGAGGCUGACAGACAGCAAGAGGAUCCUUAAGAAACUCCGCUUGUUAGCCAAAGAGGUCAGAGGUCAUUUUGUUCAACUAAGGGUCACCACAAAAAAAAUGUUUUCUCAGAUCUGACAUCAACUAACGCCUGUCACGGUCUCUCUUCAGCCCCAGACCACCAUCCCAGACGUGUUUCUUUGGUUGCUUACUGGAAGAAAGCGAUUGGCUUACGUCAGGAUCCCCUCCCACUCCAUCUAUUUCUCUUUGGUUGAAGAGCAAAGAGGGCGGGACUGCGGCCGACUCACCACGCUCUACUUGAAGGUAACUACUGAUAAUAGUUUCUGCUCUGAUCUACAGCUGAAUUUAUCAGCUGAGCACACCAUUCAUUUAAAUCUGUCUCCCUCUCCCUCUCUCUCUCUCUCUCUCUCUCUCUCCCUCUCUCUCUCUCUCUUCUCUCUCUCUCUCUCUCUCUCUCUCUCUCUCUCUCUCUCUCUCUCUCUCUCUCUCUCUCUCUCUCUCUCUCUCUCUCUCUCUCUCUCUCUCUCUCUCUCUCUCUCUCUCUCUCUCUCUCUCUCUCUCUCUCUCUCUCUCUCUCUCUCUCUCUCUCUCUCUCUCUCUCUCUCUCUCUCUCUCUCUCUCUCUCUCUCUCUCUCUCUCUCUCUCUCUCUCUCUCUCUCUCUCUCUCUCUCUCUCUCUCUCUCUCUCUCUCUCUCUCUCUCUCUCUCUCUCUCUCUCUCUCUCUCUCUCUCUCUCUCUCUCUCUCUCUCUCUCUCUCUCUCUCUCUCUCUCUCUCUCUCUCUCUCUCUCUCUCUCUCUCUCUCUCUCUCUCUCUCUCUCUCUCUCUCUCUCCCUCUCUCUCUCUCUCUCUCUCUCUCUCUCUCUCUCUCUCUCUCUCUCUCUCUCUCUCUCUCUCUCUCUCUCUCUCUCUCUCUCUCUCUCUCUCUCUCUCUCUCUGUGCUUGUCUCUGAAGUCCCCGGGAAGUUCAGCUAGUGAGAUCUUUGCUAAGCUGGAGGUCUACCUGUGGCUCGGUCUUGCAAAGUACAGCAAAGAGGUCACCAACUGCGUACCGGAGGAGUUUCAGCCAGUUUAUGAAGAAGAGGAGGAGGAGCAGAGGAGGAUGGUCCAUGCAGGGAACAGGAAGCUACCUGUCAGUCUGUCCUGCCAAGGUAAAUCCCCUCUAUUCAACAAGUGUUUGCCGGUCAAGCUGGGGUCCGUUCUGUGGAAAUCUUGUGUCAUGAAGAAGGAGGAGGAGUUGGAUGAAUCCUCCAAUAAAAACUUUUCAUGGACUUCACUCUCUCUUUCUUUGCAGACAGCAGGUACUUCCAGUUACGAUGCCACCUGUAUCAGGGGCGUGGCCUCAUAGCUGCAGAUGAUAAUGGCCUAUCAGAUCCCUUUGCCAGGGUCGUCUUCUCCACACAAUGUCAGGUCACCAGGGUCAGUGCAUCAAGAAAAGAAAAGACAUUGAACUUAGUAGCUCAUUGUGUGGACAGACUUUGGUGUAAUGCCCCUUUAACGUCUUUUUUUCACACAUAUGUUCUUCUCAUGUCUGUGUGGGGUCCAGGUCAUGUCCAGCACCCUCUCUCCAGCCUGGUGUGAGUGUUUGUUAUUUGACAGAGUUCUGCUGGAGGGAUCGAAGGAGGAGCUUAUACGAGACCCUCCUCUCAUCAUCAUCAACAUCUACGACCAGGACGCCAUGGUAACGCUCUCAUUUAUAUCCCUCUCAUCCCUCACAACUGCGCACACUGGAGAAACCAUCAGCUGUAUGCAUGAAUGUACUUUUGUGUAUGAUUGCACACAGGGGGGUCCGAAGCCUCUGGGUCGAACCUUCGCAGAGCCAGAGUUUAAAACUGUGGAGCAGUUCUACCAGAAACCUCACCUACGUUUUUAUGACAUUAGCAUGGGGAGGGUCCCUGCUGGAGAGCUGCUGGCUGCUUUUGAGCUCAUUGAGCUGGACUACACCAAGUUUGGAGAGGUGACACCUUCUGGUUCAUGAAUCAUCUAGAACUUUGUCAUUUACACUAUUUUACGACUAAAAACGCCACAAAAGUGUUUUAAUUUGGAAUCUGACUCUUGACCCCGCCCCCCUGCAGCCCAGCCUCCCAAGCAGCGUGGAACCCAAGGAGCUGACCUACCUGGAAGAACAGAGAUGUUACAUCAUUCCAGAAGGAGUCCGACCUGUUCUGAAGACCUUCAGGAUUGAGGUCUGAUACUCCGCCUGUUGACAUGUUGUUUUCAGGACACUGAGUGGACACAUGAAGGAUGGACUAACCAAAGCCUGUAUGUGCACCGGUGUGUUCAGGUGCUGUUCUGGGGUCUGCGGGAGCUAAAACGGGUGCAGCUGUUUGAGGUGGAGCGCCCCAUGGUGAAGGUGGAGUGUGCAGGAAGUCAGCUGGAGUCUGAGGAGAUGGAGAGCUACAAGACUCACCCAAACUUCAAAGAGCUGGUCCUCUACAUGGACGUGGUCAGUCCGUGUCGUUGGCUUCAGAAAAACUUUAACACAGUUAGAAAUAAAAAAAUGUGGUUUCCAGAGAUCUGACCUGUUUAACCAUCUACUCUGUUUGGUCCAAUCAGGAGCUGCCUGAGCAGGCCUACCUCCACCCUCCUCUGACCGUGUUUGUUGUUGAACAUAGAGCGUUCGGUCGGGUAGCUUUGGUUGGGACCCACGUGGUCCAGAGCCUCAUGGCUUUUGGCCCAGAUGAGUCUGGGGAGGAGCCAGAGGAGGAAGAGGAGGAGCCGAAACCAAAACCAAAAGGUAAUUGAAAACCUGAUCAGCAACAAGAUUGAAGACUUCUAUACUGGAGUUUUUAAUACCUUCAACUGGUGCAGGGGGGUUGAGUCUCUGUUAAAGACCCACUGAGCGAUAAACGGCUAUUAGACAUCUAGUUUUUUUAGACCUCAUUUCAACCGUCUAGAUUCUGUAUAUUUUAGACAGAAUUUAGACGUCGCACUUAAACACAUUAUUCGAUAACUAUUUAUUUCAAAAAGCAACUGUGAGUUGCAUAACUGAUCUCCAAGAACUAAACCAAAAUAAUUAUGAUAGCCAUUGAGGAAUGUACAGUGUAGUAUAGACAAAGCCCAGAUUUAGAUUUAGUCUAAAUUUAGACGCCAAAAAACACUUUCAUUUUAGACCUGUGGUAGCCUGAUUUUAAACCAGUCGUCUAGGCUACAUUUAGACGUCUAUUAGACCUCUUUUAGACCAAAAAAUGCUCAAUGGGGAGAAAGUCCUGGUUUUUCAUUUUUGUGCAUGUCAGCGAAUGAAACAGUCUCUUUGUGUCUCAGCAGUCACCCAAACUCCAGUGAAUGUUAACCCUCUGACGACAGUGAAGAAUAUCGGACUCAGCGGCCUGUCCAUCACUCAGUCAAAGAUCCCCAUUAACCCCAUGAAGCUGGUUAAUGUAUGUUACAUUAAUAUCAAUCUCUUUUUUUAUUUACAUUUUUUUUUAAUUAUUGAAACAAGCAAACUGUUUCAAAAUGAAAUGAUCAAAAGGUGCACUGAUGUUGCUCCUCAGGCUCCUCUGAAGAAGCUAAUGGACACAGGGGAGGAGUUAGAGGAGGAGCCACCCGAGCAGGAGGAGCUGGAUUGGUGGUCUAAGUACUACGCUUCAGUGCAGGAGAUGGAGAGAAAAGUGAGAAACUUGAAAGAAGAAACAAAUAUUGAAAACUUUCAAACAAAUCAAAGAUAAGCUAAAUGGACUGUCAGUUAAAUCUGCCACUGAUCAUUUUAAACUAGUAAUCUUAAUAUCUUCAAAAUUAACAUUAAUUCAUUAAUCGUUGUUUUUCAUACAGAGUGUGCAAACAAGUUAUUCACACUGUUAACAUGUUCUUGUUGUUUUUGCUGUAAAGAGGAGCUUUUUAGACUGGGUUUGGAUGUGUCUCCUGGUUCCUCUGGAGUCAGCCUCAAGUGGACGGGUGCAGGAACUGCAGUUUUCAGCACCUUUGUAUUCGCUUCAUUUUUCAAGACCUCAGUUUGCUUUGAGCUGAGCUGCUUACUGACAGUUAGAACGCUCUAAUGAGAAUCAGUAUCAUCUAGAUGACUGCAGUGAAGAUGCUUGCUCACAGUGGGGGGUGUUAGGACUCAGUUUGAGCCCUGAAAUGAGAAAAAGUCCAUUUUUACUCAACUUGAUGUGUUCACCGUCUGUAGGCUGCUGAGGAGGAGGAGAGAGCAGAAGCUGAAGCAGAAACAGGUAUAAUUUUAACUUUUUUAACACAACUAUGCUUUUUUGAAAUUUCUCUUUUUAAGUAGAAGUUUUAGAGUAGAGCAGUUAACUUGUGAAGAUUUUAAAAGAAGUUCUUGGACUCUUAAUCUCAUACUUUAAUGUUACUUUCCUUUAGUUUUGUUUUUGUCCUUUUUUAUAAAAAUGUGUAACUUCACAAUAUACAGAGUUUAUCACUUCACUUAAGAUGACCAUGUCUGUCCUUCAAUUUUGGUUAAUUAAAACAAAAAAAGCAGAGGGUCAAAGUCAGAAGAAUGAGAUGCAUAUAAAUAAUAAAAUAGUUCUAAGACUUUUAGUCUUUUUUGAUGAUGACAUUUCGUGCUCAGACCAAGCUCCGCUCACGAUGGCAAAUAUUGAAGAGGAGGAGGAGGAAAUCGUGGUGGUGGAGGUCGAACCACCCAAACGAAAGAAGAUCGCUACGCUGAAGGUGGGAGUCUGGGUUUUUGGACCUUCUGGGUUAGGGUCCAUGCUAUACCUCCCCCUAUUUUACCAAAUCUACAUCCGUUUGUAUUUCCAUGUGUGCCCAGCUGUAUGGAGGUGAUCUGGAGUCAGAGUUCAGUCAGUUUCAGGACUGGCUGAAGAUUUUUCCGCUGUAUAAAGGCAGAGCGACCACUGAGGAUGAUGAGGACGAUGAAGAAGAGAGGCUGAUGGGAAAGUACAAGGUACAGCAGACAUGAGGAUUUCUGUCGAUUAGUUUUUUUCUUUUUCAAAGAUAUUCUCUGAAAUAAUGUCUCUGCUGUCAGGGUUCCUUCCUAGUGUAUCCACUUGAUUCAGGAGAUGAAGAGGACACCGCCUGUCGAAUCACCAAUGGAAUCCCCAAAAAUACCCCGAUCAAAGUUUUGGUCCGAGUCUAUAUUGUGAAGGUAUCUUUACCACCCUUCCUGUCUUUGUACCUGAACAGUUCAACAUUUAAAUAAUUUACUUUAAACAGCCUCAAUAGUGGUGUCAGAUUCAAGCCAAGGUGUCUCAAGAAACAGCCAAACUGAAAUCUCUCCUCAUUAAAGUACUUUUCUGCUGCAGCACAGCGAGUCCACCGGGUUUAAACAAAAGUAAAAACAGUCGUCUCUGUUUCUGUCCUGCAGGCCACCAGUCUGACCCCAACAGACCCCAACGGUAAGGCUGAUCCAUACCUGAUAGUCACAGUUGGAGAGCAGAGUCAGAAUACACAAGACCGAUACAUCCCCAAACAGCUCAACCCCACGUUUGGAGAGUCAGUACCCGCCUGUUUACCUGAAUAACACCCACUAACAACCUAACGGCCUCUCUGAUCGACUGAACGCCUAAAAAUGUCUUUCAGAGUCUUUGAAUUCACCGUCUCUUUCCCACUGGAGACGGAUUUGCUCAUUGAAGUGAUGGAUCAUGACAUGCUGGGGUCCGAUGAUAUCAUUGGAGAGACACGGAUCGACCUGGAGAACAGGUUCUACAGCCGCCACAGAGCCAGCUGUGGUCUGGCUCUCUACUAUGAUGUGUAAGUACCACAAUUUUUGGUGACAAAAUAAGUACCAAAACAAAGACACUUUAGCACCACUGCUUGAACUCAGACAAACCAAACAAGGCUGUUCUUAGAUUCAGAGCGUCAAUAUUCCAGGAGCAGAACCACAGCAUUGAGCUGCAGUGUGUAAGAACCGGUACAACAGAAUGAAAGAACUAAAACUGUAGCAUUCAGGAACUAAUACCUCAGCAUUUCAGAACAAGAGCUGCAGCGUUACAAAAACCAGAACUCGUAUAUUCCAGAACCAUUUUAGAAUAAGACCCUCUUCGUUCUGGAUCUGAGUUUGUGCUCCAGUAUUUUAGAUCCUAAAUCUGGAGCACUGUAGAACAAUAACAGUGGCAUUCUAGAGCAGGAGUUAAAGCGUUCGAGGACCAUAACUGAAGCACUCAAGAAUGAUAACAACAGCCUUCUAGAAAGACAGCUACAGCCUUCUAGAUGUAGCCACGCAAUAUGAUUGAACCAGAACAACAGAGUUCCAUUAAUAGAACCAGGGAUUCCAGAACUACAACAGCAGGAUUCUACAACAAGGAAUCUUGGAGUUAGAACUACAGCAUGUCAGCAACAGAAACUGAUUCCACUCAGAGAUUUAAAAACUAUUUUUAGAUUCUUUUUAUCAAUUUCAUUAAGUCUGGACAAAAGUGAGUGUUUGAGACUUGGGACCAAAGUUUUCAUUAACGUGGAUGAUAUUCAAAAUUAUCCAAAUGCUGUGUUUGCAGAUAAAAGUCCCAAAACUUAAAGUCUAGUAGGUUUUCUACUUCUGUUCAUUUUAUCUUAUAAUUUGCUCAAGAAUUCAAAAAUAAUAAUGAAGCACCUUUGGCACAUAUUGUGGUUAAUCAAGCUUUAGUAAGAGGACUCCUGUCAGUUUGUGUUUUGUAACCGUAUAGAACAUGCUCCUCUGGGUGUUUAUCUGUUCUGUCAACUUCUAUGUCCCGUGUCCCUCUACAGUGACGGAUACAACAAGUGGCGGGAUUCAAAGAAGCCGUCGGCCAUCUUGGCUGAACUUUGCAGAAAGAAUGGCAUCAUGUCCCCAGAGUUCAGAACAUCUGAGGUCAAAGUGCUCAACAAAAUCUUCAAGAUCCCACCUGACGCUGUACCUGAAGGUAGGAGAGACUGAUAAGUAGACAUGCCCAGACAUCACUGAUGGAGGUCAUGUGUUCAAAGGUGUUUUAUUAUCAAAGAGAUAUUAAAAAGACUGUGUCAGUGCUGUUUUUCUUUUUGUUGUUUCAGUCCUGCUGAAGAAGAACCAGCGGACGCCUGAAGACGAGGCCGAGAUCGAGGAACAUGCUGCCCUGAGUGUGCUACACCGCUGGGGGGAGAUGAAAGAGUUCAUCCCUGGAGCCGUCUCUCUUGUCUCAGAGCAUGUAGAGGUCCGAUCCCUGCUGAACCAGGACAACCCUGGACUGCCACAGGUAACGAUGACACAAUAACAACACUACAAACAGGUACAGCAGCAGCAGCAGCCGUAUCAACACACGAGAGCCGAUCAUCAGAAAUGCAUCUGCUAACGUGCGCUCAUACGUGUGUAACAGGGGUACCUUCAUAUGUGGGUGGACCUGUUUCCAACUGAUAUUCCAGCUCCACCUCCUGUUGACAUAAAGCCGCGCAAGCCUGAACAGUAGGUCAACAUUUGAACAAGUAGAGAGUCAACAGUAAAGUAUAAAAGACUGAUUUCUGCUGCUGUUCUCAUGCUGACAGGUACGAGCUGCGCGUGAUCAUCUGGAACACAGAUGACGUGUUUCUGGAUGACGUCAACCCGUUCACCGGUGACCCCUCCUCAGACAUCUACGUUAAGGGGUUAGAUUCACACACAGACAAACACACACUCACUCACACAGACAAACACACACUCACACCAAGUUCUGAAAAAUCCAGGGUUACCUCCAAGUGCGAGUGCAUCCCUAUUUGUGUUCUUGUUACCUCCACCAAGGAGGUUAUGUUUUCAGUAGCGUUGGUUUGUUUGUCUGUUAGCAACUUUACUGAGAAACUAACAGACAGAUUGACCUGAAAUUUUCACCAGAGGUGUGUCUCAGCCCCAGGAGGAUCCCAUUCAAAUUUUGUGUUCUGGAUACUGUGAUCCAGAACACACAAAAAUAAGGGUGUCGUUGGAAUUUUCAAUGCUAAAAGAUAACUAAUGGGCGGCACAGUGGUGUAGUAGUUAGCACUGUUGCCUCACAACCAGAAGGUCCUGGGUUUGAAUCCCGGUCUGGGUGUUUCUUGUUUAAGGGGGGACAUGAGCUGCUUUUCUCGUGAACCUAUCAAAUCGGGGUUUCGUUCUCCAAUAGAGGACUCCCAUUCCAACAUUCAUGCCAAAGCUCAUGCUCAAAUCAUGCAGAUAUGAAUGAAUGGUCGGGCAGUUAUGAGCUCAUUUUGAUGGAAAAGAGGAAGAAACCCACUGACUGAAAUUUCAAUGAGACGCUUUUGUGUGUGCAGAUGGGUAAGGGGACUGGAAGGAGACAAACAGGAGACAGACGUCCACUUUAACUCUCUCACUGGAGAAGGAAACUUCAACUGGAGAUUCAUCUUCCGCUUUGACUACCUACCAACUGAGGUGCGCACACACAUGUACUGAACGUAAACACACCUUUGGACUUGAUGGUGGUGGGGUUUUUUGCAGGUUACUCAGCAGAGUUGAAUUUAUAAUCUAAGAAAGUAAACUACUGGAUUAAAAAAUAUUUGAUUGAUUCAGAGUGAACCACAUUUAUCUGACAAGUCCACAUAAACAUUUGACUUCACAAUAUUACAGACUGGAAUCACACAUUUUUACGUGUGUUUUUCUCCUCAGAAAGAGGUCGUGUAUAAGAAGAAGGAGUCCUUCUUCUCUCUGGAGGAGUCAGAGUUUCGACAGCCAGCUAUUCUGUCACUUCAGGUCUGGGACUACGAUCGAAUCUCAGCCAACGACUUCCUGGGUGAGACACAAACCCAAUCAUAUGUUUGAUGAUUAUUUCACCCCGAUAUUGAUCAAAUAUGUUGACGUUUUCCCUCUUUCAGGAGCCAUAGAGUUGCGUCUCAAUGACAUGGUGCGACCGGCAAAGACACCGGGUAAGUGUAGGAUUGACAUGGCGAAGGAUCGUGCCAGCCCUCGAUUCUCCAUCUUUCGUGCAAAGAAGAUGAAAGGCUGGUGGCCGUUAACCCGCCUGAAGACAGCUGAGGACUUUGAGAAGGAAGAGAAGGAGAAGCAGGAGGCCAAGAAGAAAGGAGGGAAGAAGAAGAAGAAGAAGAAGAAGGAUAAGAGGGGCAACAUGAAGAAGGAGGAGCUGGAGUUCAUCGACAGCAGCGGAAACACCUACCUGCUCAUGGUAUAGAUUUUUAGAUUUUUAUAGAUUUUAUUUCGGUCAUAAUACAAAACAAACAGAAAAGAACAAGGCAGGUAAGACACAUAUAUACUGUACAUAUGUACAUAUAUAUAUAUAUACGGUUUACAUCGCUGUUUGACUGAAAAGGUUUAGGGCUGAAGGCGGAGCUUAUUUUGCCCACCUUUACCACACCGCUGUAUGACUAUAGAAAGAACAUGAUACAAAAGUCAAACCAACACAACAAUACAGAUAGAGCAUAACAAAGGGAGUCACUUUUUUCUCUCUCUUUUACCUUCUUCUUUUCCCUUUCCUUUCCCCCUUUAGUUUCUUUCAGUCUCUCACUUACUAUUCCUUUUUUAUCUUUUUUCCCCCUUCCCUUUUAUUUUUCCCCUUUUUUAUUUUUCCUUUUUUCUACCUUUCCCUUUCCUCCCUGUUUCCUUCCAGUUUUCCUCCUUUUUCUUUAUUCUUCUCCUCCUUUUUGAGGGCGCUAAGAAUAGUACUAAGAAUAAAUAAUAAACAUAAAUAGAUUACAAAAACAAAACAAUCAAAAAUAAUAAAUAAAUUGAUUAAUUAAUUAAAUAAUUAUAAGAAAUAAAAUAAAUAAAUAAAUAAAAUUAAAUAAAUAAAAAAUAAAAAGACUACAUUUCAGUGUUACUGAGUUCUUCUCACUCAGUCUUCAUGAUUAAUAAACUAUUAAUGUGUUUGUGUGCUUAUUUCACUCUCUGUACAUUAUCAUAUAACGGUUGUUUAAACAGGCCUUUAUAGUAACACAGGCAUGUUCUGUUCAUGCUGGUCAUUAUAUUACAAGGAUAUUUUAUUUGUUGGUAAAUAUACGGCACUGAUGUUAACGACUCUAAUCUUAAUCCUUGUCUUGUUUCUGAUUCUGUGUUUGUUUAAAGGGGAAAGUGGAGGCGGAGCUUCAGCUGGUGACGUUGGAGCAAGCUGAGGCCAACCCUGUGGGACGAGCCCGAAAGGAGCCGGAACCUCUGGACAAACCCAAGUAUGCUGCUUUUACAAAAAAAAAACCUAAAACACUUCAGUGUAACAAAAGCGCCCAGGUGUCCUUCUGAGUUCAACACUCACAGGUUUUUUGUGAACAAACCUUUAGCUGUUGUUAAUAAACGGUCUCUUGUCCCCUUUUCCUCUAGUCGUCCCACCACCAGCUUCAACUGGUUUAUCAACCCACUGAAGACCUUCAUCUUCCUCAUCUGGAAAAAAUUCAAGAAGUACAUCAUCGCUUUUGUCAUCCUCGCCAUCCUCACUAUCUUCCUUGCCCUCAUCGUCUACACGCUACCAGAUAAGAUCUCAUCCCUCAUGGUCAACGGAUGAAGUUACCCGAGUCUUCUUUUCUCCAGCUGGACUGCCUCGUGUUUUAGUUUUGACCUUAAGACCAACUUAAGUCAACUGAAGUCAGCCUGAUAAACUGUAUCUAAUCACUUUAA